AUGUCUAUACCCAAGGAAAAAGAUGAACUAACAAUAACUCAAUCAAAAGAAUCAAUAUCACCCCUUUCAGACCCUAAUGACCCACUCUUCCAAAAAAUUGAAUCUCAACUAAUUAAAAAAUUUGAUUUCAUUAUAAUACCAUGUCUUUCCCUUGCCUACCUAUAUUCCAACUUGGAUAAGGCAAAUAUAGGUAAUGCUCAAGCAGCAGGGAUGAGUGAAGACUUAGGUCUAACAGGUAAUCAAUAUGGUAAUGUUGUUAGUUUAUUAUUUGUUACUUAUGUUAUAUUUGAAGUUCCAAUUGCCAUAUGUUUAAAAAAAAUUGGUACAAGAAAAUCUCUAUCAAUAUUAACAUUGUGUUUUGGUAUUGUUUGUCUUUGUACUUCAUUUGUUCAGAAUUAUAAAUCUUUAUUAGCAAUGAGAAUGUUAUUAGGUUUAUUUGAAAGUGGUAUUAUCCCAGUUAUUAAUGUUAUGCUUUCAAUGUGUUAUACAAAACAAGAAAUGGCAAAACGUUGUUCAAUAAUUUAUAGUGCAAGUGCUGCCGCGGGGGCUUUUGGUGGUCUUUUAGCAUUUGGAUUAAUUAAAAUUAAUGCUCAUGGUUGGGAAGGUUGGAGAUGGUUAUUUGCAAUUGAAGGUGUCUUGACAAUAAGUUCAUUUCCCAUAUUGGUUAUAUUAUUACCACCUGGUGAUUUAACCCAGACUUGGUGGUUAACAACAGAUGAAAAAACUGUACUAAAGACAAGAUUAUCAAUAUAUCCAGAUUUUUACCAGGAUGAAAAAUUUUCAUGGUCAGAGAUCAAAAGAAGUUUUAUUGAUAUUGAUGUAUUAAUUUUAUAUACUUAUGAAUUUUGUGUUGAUUUAACAUUAUUUGGUAUUUCAACUUUUUUACCUUCAAUAAUAAAAGGUAUGGGUUAUGAUAAAUAUAAGACACAAUUAUUAACUAUUCCAUUUUAUUCCCUUGCAUUAUUAAGUUUUAUGGGUAUGGCUUGGAUUUCUGAUAAAUUACAACAUAGAGGUGGAUUCCUUAUUAUAGGUUUAAUUAUGGAAAUUAUUGGUUAUUCAAUCUUAAUCUCCCAGGACUCUUUGGGGGCUCGUUAUACGGGGUGUAUGUUAAUUUCAUUAGGUAUUUAUGUAUGUUCUGCUCUAAGUAUAAUGUGGAUAAAUAACAAUUGUGCAGGUCAUUACAAGAGAGCUACUUCAGCAGGUAUGAUGACAACAAUUGGUAGUAUUGCAGGUGUCCUUGCAGGACAAAUUUAUACAAUGGAUUCAGCACCAAGGUAUUUAAAAGGUUUGAAAAUUACUUUGGGGUUAACUGUAUUGGCAAUGGUGUUGGUUAUAGUUGUUUUAUAUUAUUAUAAAACCCAAAAUGACAAGAGAGGGAAAGAAUUGAAGAGGUUAGAAGAUCAAGGUUUGGAUAUUAAUGUUAAACCUGAAAAUGAUCGUUCUGUUUAUUUUAAAUUUAUGUUAUAA